AUGGCUCCUUGGUGGCCGUCUUCGUCCGGAGCAGAUAAACCUGAACGUGACGAUGACCCUUUCGCCGCCUUUCGUCGCUUCGCAGAUGAACAGAUCAAUGCCCUGGUCCAAGGUAUCAACUCCCUUCCAGGCUUCAGCUCUGCUUCUCUCGCCACUGAAGAACAGCGAUUGUCUGAUGAGAUGAGGGAAAUGCGUAGACGUCUGGAACAAGAUUUUCCUCCACUCUUCACUUCCCUCCUAGGCGCUCCGGAAAGACGAUCAUACCUCGGAGGCCCUAUCAGUGAAGAAGCUCGUCAAGCGGCACGUGUUCUGCUUCUCCAAGCACGCAAUGCUAGCGUUGGUGUUGAUCCCAGAAAGAUACUUAGUCUCUACCAGGAUCAUGGUCAAGGUAUGAUGCCUGUCCAUAGCAAGUUCCCUGUCCGUACUACGACCAGCAACACGACUUGGCUUGGUAUCGAUUGGUUCAGACACAGCCCAUAUUCGCCUAUUCAACUUGAACAACACUCUACCGCUCAUCAACAUGGAGGCAAAUGGCGCGCUGCCUUCGAAGAUCUACUCUGUGCCCAUCUUGAAAAGCCACAAGUCGCUCACGAGGCUUGGAAAGCUGAAGAUACGAUUGCCGCAUCUGAUCCUGACAACCAGACCUUGUACAAUCACUGGGCUCAGCCUGGUAUCGACUGGAUGCUUGGCCUACAAUGUAGAGGCAUCUUGCCACCUCAGCUGCCCAGUCUGUAUAACAUCACUCCUCUUGAGACCAAGAAACUCGAUCGCGUCUUCGGCAAGAUCGUGUCCGGUAUUAGUAAUUUCUGGACUCCAUAUGGCCGAGCCGUCUACGAAGACUUUACGCAGCUAGCAAGGAUAGUGGCUUCUCCUGAUGCGGAAGAUUUAGUUGUUAGAAGCAAAGUGCAGCCUGACACAGAGUUGGACAUGUACGAGAGAUUGUGGGGACCCGAGGAGGGGAAUGACAAGGAAGAGACAGAAGGUACCAAGUCAUUGAUGACAUCCGACAACGACCUCUUAGCCCCUUCUCCAAAGAAGGACGAAGCAGAUAAGCCAAGCGUCAUUGCAGUCAUGACCACCACAGAAAUGCGCACCAUGCCUGACGGCACAGUCUACACGAAACGUGUUCUGAAGAAACGCUUCUCCGACGGCACCGAGGAGAACAGAGAAGAAGAAUCGACUGGACUACCUGACGGUGAUGACAAGUCUGCAAGUGGAGAUGCGGGACAUGAAUUGCAGAAUAAGAAGGGCGGCUGGUUUUGGCAUUAA